CUCAUCCUGGGCCUCAUGACCUGGGCUUACGCCGCCGGCGUGCCGCUGGCCUCGGAUCGCUACGGCCUCCUGGCCUUCGGCCUCUACGGGGCCUUCCUCUCGGUGCACCUGGUGGCGCAGAGCCUCUUCGCGUACCUGGAGCACCGGCGGGCGGCGGCGGCGGCGCGGCGGGCGGCGGCGCGGGGCCCUCCGGACGCGGCCACGGCGCGCAGCGUGGCGCUGACCAUCUCCGCAUACCAGGAGGACCCCGCGUACCUGCGCCAGUGCCUGGUGUCCGCGCGCGCCCUCGUGUACCCGCGUGAGCGGCUGCGCAUCCUCAUGGUGGUGGACGGCAACCGCGCCGAGGACCUCUACAUGGUCGACAUGUUCCGCGAGGUCUUCGCCGACGAGGACCCCGCCACCUACGUGUGGGACAGCAACUACCACCGGCCGUGGGAACCUGCGGCGGCGGGCGCGGCGGGCGCGGCGGGCGAGGGCGCCUACCGGGAGGUGGAGGCCGAGGACCCAGGGCGGCUGGCGGUGGAGGCGCUGGUGAGGACGCGCAGGUGCGUGUGCGUGGCGCAGCGCUGGGGCGGCAAGCGCGAGGUCAUGUACACCGCCUUCAAGGCGCUCGGCGACUCGGUGGACUACGUGCAGGUCUGUGACUCAGACACGAGGCUGGACCCUGUGGCGCUGCUGGAGCUGGUGCAGGUGCUAGACGAGGACCCCCGGGUAGGGGCUGUUGGGGGUGACGUGCGGAUCCUUAACCCUCUGGACUCCUGGGUCAGCUUCCUAAGCAGCCUGCGGUACUGGGUGGCCUUCAAUGUGGAGCGGGCUUGUCAGAGCUACUUCCACUGCGUGUCCUGCAUCAGUGGUCCCCUAGGCCUAUACAGGAACCACCUCCUGCAGCAGUUCCUUGAGGCCUGGUACAACCAGAAGUUCCUGGGCACCCACUGCACCUUUGGGGAUGACCGUCACCUCACCAACCGCAUGCUCAGCAUGGGCUAUGCCACCAAGUACACCUCGCGGUCGCGUUGCUACUCGGAGACGCCCUCAUCCUUCCUGCGCUGGCUGAGCCAGCAGACGCGCUGGUCCAAGUCGUACUUCCGCGAGUGGCUGUACAACGCGCUCUGGUGGCACCGACACCACUUGUGGAUGACCUACGAGGCGGUGGUCUCGGGCCUCUUCCCCUUCUUCGUGGCGGCCACGGUGCUCCGGCUCUUCUACGCGGGCCGCCCGUGGGCGCUGCUCUGGGUGCUGCUGUGCGUGCAGGGCGUGGCGCUGGCCAAGGCGGCCUUCGCGGCCUGGCUGCGGGGCUGCCCGCCGAUGCUGCUGCUCUCGCUCUACGCGCCCCUCUACAUGGGCGGCCUCCUGCCCGCCAAGUUCCUGGCGCUGGCGACCAUGAACCAGAGCGGCUGGGGCACGUCAGGCCGCCGCCAGCUGGCCGCCAACUACGUGCCGGUGCUGCCGCUGGCGCUCUGGGCGCUGCUGCUGCUCGGCGGGCUGGUGCGCAGCGCGGUCCGCGAGGCCCGGGCCGACUGGAGCGGCGCCUCCCGCGCGGCCGAGGCCCGCCACCUGGCGGCGGGGGCCGGCGCCUACGUGGGCUACUGGGCCAUCAUGCUGACCUUCUACUGGGUGCGGGUGCGGAGGCUCUGCCGGAGGCGGGCGGCGGGCUACCGCGUCCAGGUGUGA